GGUGUUCAUUUUCAUCUGGUUUGAGAUUAAAACAUGGAAGGAAUCAUUGUGAGAAGAGUUAUACCAUCUGACAACAGUUGUCUCUUCAAUGCAAUCGGUUAUGUCAUGGACAAGGAUAAAAACAAAUCUCCUGAGCUCAGACAGGUGAUAGCAGCAGCAGUUGCAAGCAACAAGGAGAAAUAUAAUGAAGCAUUUCUAGGGAAGCAUAAUGAAGAAUAUUGUGCUUGGAUUCUCAAUCCAGAGAAGUGGGGAGGUGCGAUUGAGCUUUCGAUAUUAGCAGAUUAUUAUGGUCGAGAAAUUGCAGCUUAUGACAUUCAAACUAGUCGAUGUGACUUGUAUGGACAGACGAAAAACUACAAUGAAAGAGUUAUGCUGAUUUAUGACGGUCUUCACUACGAUGCUCUUGCUCUGUCUCCAUUUGAAGGAGCUGAGGAAGAUUUUGAUAUGACUAUAUUUCCAGUUGGUAAAGAUAGAUCCAUCGGGUCAAUUGAAGGGCUUGUUUUGAAUCUAGUAAAAGACCAACAAAGGAAAAGGAGUUACACAGAUACUGCAAACUUCACUCUACGUUGCGGCGUUUGCCAGAUUGGAGUUAUUGGACAAAAGGAAGCUGUGGAACAUGCUCAAGCAACUGGUCAUGUCAACUUUCAAGAAUACAAAUAAGAGAAUGAUUGAUUUGAUUCUUUUAUACAAUUCCAAGAAACAAGAAAGUAAAUUACGAAAAUGAUAUGCUUAAUUUUAAUGUUGUGUGUCAACUAUUCAAGUUCAGUCUGUUGUGCAAUUAUCUUGUGUUGUUAUCUUUCUUUAGUUAUAUCCUCUUUAGGAGGAGGAUCAUUGUUGUCUCACCAAUAAUGUCAUGAAAAAUUG